AUGAAAAAGAAACCAUUUAGUGGUGUGGGAAAAUCAGUUAGGGGUAGUGAAACUGGAACUAUAACUAUAACUGAAGAAGAUUUUAGAGAUGUAGGACUAAAGCAGGCCAUCAGUAUCCUAGGAGGUGUUGAAAAAUGUUUAGACAUUGUCGAAGGUGUUUGUAAUUAUACUCCAGAGCAUUUGAAUAAUAUGAGUCAGGCAUGUGCUUAUUAUGCUAACGAAUUAAUAAAUAUCGCUAACGAGAUUAAAUCUAUAGAAAACUGUUCUCAUAAAAAUAAUUUGAAGAUCAAACUUUUUGCUACAUAUCAACAGCUUCUGCUGGAGUCUAAUAUAGAUGAAAGACAUAAUAACCACGAAUUGAAAAAACAAGUUCACCGUCUACAACAGUUAGUAAUAAAAAACGAAAGUGUUGAAAACCGCGGAAAAGCUUUGCAAAAACUCAUUGCAGAGGCAGAAAAACAUGAAAUCGAAGCGAAACAACGUCAAACUAGAUCAAACCCUUCGGAUUUUUUUCCCUGUUAA